GUGUGUAUAUAAAUGUAAAGUGUGUUUAUGCAUGUAUAUAUAUUCAAAGUGUGUGGUAUAUGUGUAUGUAUAUAUAUAUUUAUUUUAUAUAAAUAGAUAUAUAGAUAUAUAAAGUGUAUGUGUGUGUGUGUAGUAUAUAUAUAUACCUACAUACAUAAACAUACACAGACACACUAAUAUAUUAUAUCUACAAGGAAAAGUUAAUGUUAAGGAAUAUUUGAAGUCUAUAUCUGUGUUUAGACAGGUAGACAGACAGACAGACAGACAUUCCAAAAGGCUAAUACUUUCAUUAUAACUCAGCAAUAUUUUCUACAAAGCUAAGUUCCUAAUGUUUUUUCUCUUUCGUAUUUAUUUUACUUGUUUGCAUAAUAAUUACGGAUAUUGAAUGGUUGUUAAAUAAACUUUCAUUGCAGUACCAUCAUUGGUGUAUGGAUGGAUCGAUAGAUGGAUGGAUAGAUGGAUAGAUGGAUAGAUGGAUGGAUAGAUGGAUAGAUAGAUGGAUGGAUGGAUGGAUGGAUGGAUGGAUAGAUAGAUAUUAUUCAAUGGUUUUAACUCCCUGUGUGCCGAUUUAUUUGCAAUGGCUGUAAAUCUCGGCGUAUGAGAUCUAAGCACACGACUUUGUAAUCAAACCUUGUUAAAUCACACUAUUAAUCUGCUAGCUAAAUCGGAUUUGUUUAAACAUUCUAUAGAAAUUGAUGCAAUUUUCCUAUCUCAGUCUAAUGGCUAAUAUCAAACAUAGAGCUUGUUGUGAAAUAAUUAAUUAUUUAAGUAACAUUUGAUAGUCAAUACAAUGUAGAGUUAAUUAUAGCAGGACACCCUAAUUGUUUUAUUUAACCGUUCUAUACUAGAACGCUUACUCACUGUACCAUCGGAAGCGGAGGCAGCGUUACCGCGUUUGGCCACUAGACGCCGCUCUUACUCCGUUAGUUCCCAGAGGAUUUAUCAAAGAAUCUGUUUCUCUUUAAUCCAAUGAAUUUGCCCACUUUAAUAUCAAUUGAAGAAGAUCAGAAAAUCUCUAAUGUGCUGUUCAAACUUAUUCUAGGAUCGUUCUCCAACAAACUGAGCAGAUUGAAUUCACUAGCCCUGUGGCCUUGAAAAUUAGCCUUCACCAGCACAGUCAAAAUAAAUGCUAUAUCAGUAAUUGGGAUGAUAAGAAAUAUAUUUAUAUAUAUAUAUUUUUUUUACCUGUGUAUUUAAAGAAUGCCUAACGGGUGGGUAACAUGUUUUUGUUAACAGGGUAAAAUAAAUAAAACUCACAUUUAAGAGACAUUUCUUUUGUGCCUAUUAUAUUUGGUGUGAAGUGUAUUUAACUACACGGAUCAACAUAGAGCCAUGAAAGUAAACUUAGAUCGCCCAUUGUUUGCCACUGUGUAGUUACAACAACAGAAACAAAACUACCUAUUUGUUAGGCCCAUGCUGCCAUUUUUUGUGGUAUUGAUAUACCCCUCCUGAAACCAUUAUAUUGUAACAAAGGGGACACCUUCUUAGUUUAUUCAAUUAUUCUGGCUCAAGACAGAUUUAUCGGUCACUUAAUAAAACAAUGGACACGAGAGCUCAGUAUUCAUAAUUGCAAGUGAAAAAUAGUUGUUAUUGUUUUUUAAAUGAAUUUGAAGUAUUCCGAUUUAAAUCAUGAUUCGCCUCGUGUAGUAUUUUCCUUUUUUUAAUCAUCCUGCUUUUUGUACGUUUUUUUCUAGUCACCCUUUAUGUAAAAGGUAUUUUUUUCCUUAAAUGAACUUGCAAUUGGGAUUAUGGUUCUUAAAAAUGUGUGUUUUUUUUAAUCUGCUACGCUUGCUUUUCUUAGUAGAAUUAAGAACUAUUCCGUUGCUAGGGGAACUCUUUUUUUCCCCCAGUUUGAAUAGAAAGAGAUUCAGUGGACUGCUGAGGGCAAGCAUUUGGAGAGGGGUGUGUGAGGAGGGGGCGAAGGGAGUUAGAAUGAGCAGGCAACGAAUGCCAGGGAAGGCAUCAAACACCUGCAAACACUGGGCCACCGCUUCUGCUCCUGCAUAAUCAGGGAAAAUAAUGCGGAUUAUAUCCACAAAUCAUACGUUUAUUACACCAUGCUGUAUCAUGUCUGGCAGGACAAAUUCCACAGCUCACACUACAAGCCAUGUGUGUGUUUUUAUACAUUGUGCUGCAGAUAACAGAGUUAGCUUGUUUGGGGAGGAGGGGUACAAAACAAAACACACAAAACAAAUAAAUAAAUAAAUAAAUAACCUACCCCCAUUGUAAAACCUGGAGUGUAUGUAAUGAUCAAUACCAGGAGAAACAGCCAUAUUAGUAAUAAUAGCAAUAAUAAAACUAUAAAAUAAUAGUAAUAAUAAUAUAACAUAGUAAUAAUGAUAAAAAUAAUAAUAAUAGUGCUUUGCUACUAUGUGUCCCAGCUCUGUAUCAUGACUGCGAUCCCAGUAGUCGCAUGAUCGUCCCGGGACUGAAAGGGUUAAACUUGCCAUAGUAUUUCAUUGUAAGAGAAGUUUGAGAAAGCUAUAGGAGAAAUGGCCAGUUUCUCCCUCCAAGCCCCCCCCCCCCUACCCCCAAAACACUUCCUUCCAUAGGCGUAUGUGACCUGUUGCUACUGUGAGCUAGGAGGGGGGGGGGGGGGGUUGCUGUAAUAGGCUGCUGGCUGUCGGUGUACUCCCCCCAGUGGCCAUCCUGCCCCUCCUGCUUGCCACUCCUCUCUCCAUGCAAAACCCAGCGGAGGGCUGCCCGGCCUGGAGAGGGAGCCGCGCUCUGAUUGGUCGGCUGAAAGCCAUUUAUUCCCUGACAGCCCCCAUCACAUGGAUGGUUGUCUAUUAACUUGUUUCAAAAAAGUAUCAGGGCUUGUCAAAGCGCAGGCAUGGGAAGGACUCUGCUGGCUGUCUGAGAGCUCGAGCAACCAGGGAAGGGAAAACACACUGCGAGUCCACCAGAUUGGGAGCUGCAUCCACACAGCCUGAGCCAGGUGACAGAGAGACACCAACCACCAUCACCACCUCCAGCACCAGCAGCACAGCCGCCACCUGCUCCAGCAGCUCUCCUCCUGCUUGGGUUCCUGGCUGGCUGAGAGCCUCCACCAAGGCUGCCUGAAUGUACAACAUGAUGGAAACCGAGCUCAAGCCCCCCGCCCCCCAGCAGACCUCAGGGGGGACAGGCAACUCCAACUCCUCCGCCAACAACCAGAAGAACAGCCCGGACCGAGUCAAGAGACCCAUGAACGCCUUCAUGGUGUGGUCCAGGGGGCAGCGGAGGAAGAUGGCCCAGGAGAACCCCAAGAUGCACAACUCUGAGAUCAGCAAGAGACUGGGGGCCGAGUGGAAGCUGCUGUCCGAGUCCGAGAAGAGACCCUUCAUUGACGAGGCCAAGAGGCUGCGAGCCCUGCACAUGAAGGAGCACCCGGAUUAUAAGUACAGGCCGAGGAGGAAAACCAAAACCCUGAUGAAGAAGGAUAAGUACACCCUGCCCGGGGGCCUGCUGGCUCCUGGGGGCAACAGCAUGAGUUCUGGGGUAGGAGUGGGGGGCAGCCUGGGAGCCGGGGUCAACCAGAGGAUGGACAGCUAUGCCCACAUGAACGGCUGGACCAACGGGGGGUAUGGCAUGAUGCAGGAGCAGCUGGGCUACCCGCAACACCCGGGCCUCAACGCGCACAACGCGGCGCAAAUGCAACCCAUGCACCGCUAUGAUGUCAGCGCCCUCCAGUACAACUCCAUGACCAGCUCCCAGACUUACAUGAACGGCUCGCCCACCUACAGCAUGUCCUACUCACAGCAAGGGGCCCCGGGAAUGACUCUGGGUUCCAUGGGAUCCGUGGUAAAGUCUGAGUCCAGCUCCAGUCCUCCUGUGGUCACCUCUUCUUCCCACUCCAGGGCUCCAUGUCAGGCUGGGGACCUGCGGGACAUGAUUAGCAUGUACUUACCUGGGGCAGAAGUGCCAGAACCCUCUGCCCAAAGCAGACUUCACAUGUCUCAGCAUUAUCAGAGUGCAUCUGUACCAGGAACAGCAAUCAAUGGCACCCUCCCUCUAUCACAUAUGUGAGACAAACAAAACAUUUCAAAAACAGAAACUUUUUAGAGUUUGGACUUUUUUUUUUUUUGGACUAUUUUUUGUACAGAGGUAAAAAAACAAAAACAACAAAAAAACAUUCUGGGAGGGUAAAGACUUGUAUAGAACCAGAGUAAGUAAAAUGAUACACAAAAAAGAACAUUAAGAGUUCUAGGUAGAAUCUUUUGCAGAAGGUUUGCGGAAACAUAUAACAAUAAUAUUUAGAGCUAGUCUCAAAGUGAAGAAAAAAAGAAAUAAAAAUAAAACGUGUUUAUUCUUAGCAACUUUUGUACAGUAUUUAUCACGUUUAAACAUGGCGGUCAAAAUGGGCCAUUGUUUAUAAGCUGCGAUUUUGCCAAUCUUUCUAAAACAGUCCUUGGGUCAAAGGCAGCCAGGAAUUAGCAAAUGCUGCAAAUAAGGGACAUUAUUAUUAUUAUUUUUUUUCCUUGUUCUUCUUCUUCCAAAUUUGGACAUUUUAAUGCUUUAGUUUUUAAUUGUACAAAAAAAAAAUCAUUUCAUAAAUACUUUCAAAACACCAGCUCAAUUGGUUUUGCAUUUAAAAAAAAAUGGCAAAAAGAGUGUAUUUUUUUUCUAUUCAUUGUUUAAAAAGAAUCUGACAGUUGUUAAUUUAUAAUAUGCUGUUUUGCAAACUUUUCAUCCUGUUCAGAUAAAAAAAAACCACAUGAAAGCUACUGUGUUUGAAAUAUUUUCUUAUGGUUUGUAAUAUUUCUGUAAAUUUCUUGUGCUGAUAUUUUAAGUUGUUUUUGGUUUUAUUUUUCUUUCAUUUUCAGUAGAUGUAUUUUUAAAGUCUCGGCUCUGUAUUAUACAAUCAGGCAGCCGAAAGUCCAUGUAAAUAUGAACUAAUCCAUACUUUACCAGAAACCUUUUCAGUUUAUACUUCAUUAUGCACAGUUUGAGAUAAAUUUUGAAAUAUGGAAUCUAAAAUCACGUUGAGUCUUCGAUUUAUUUGUUUAUCUAAAACCCACUAACAGCCUAACAAGCUAAUUUAAAAGUGGUAUUUUUUUUUCAUAAAAGUUUUUUAUUUUUAUUGUUAAUUUUAAAGAAUAGGUUAAUUGCAUGCUUUUAAUUAUUAAAAAAAAAAAAAACAGUAACAAUUAACGAACCUGCUUGUCUUAAAAUAUACACAUUUAUACAGUGUGGGAUUAUGACCCACAUAAACUCUUACAUGCUAUGAAUCGUGUUUUCCAAUCGGAUACAUUUUAAUAAUAGAGUAAUCUUAAUGUUUUUAUAAUGAUCUUGGGGAUGACAAAGACCCAGGAUAAUAGAACACACAUCUCUAUAUAAGGUAAAUGUUGCUUUGACAUUUGGUGAUAAGGUGGAUGGGUGUAAUGUAGCCUUCAAACAAAAUUCUACUUUGUAUUUUCGAUUUAGGAGCAGAAUCUUUGUCUGUAUUGCAAACUAUUUUAGCUGUUUACUGCUGUUUUAACCCUUUUUCUAAAUUGCCAGUGGGCUCCAAAACUGGACUAUUAUCUCCAUCUGAUAAGGAAAUCUUUCCUGGGCCAAAUAACAGAGAGGAAAUCUUCAAGCACUGAGGUAGUUUUUUUUUUACUUUUAAGGUUAAAUGAUGAUGCUUUGAUAAUUUUUUAUUAUUGCGGAUGGUUUAACCGUGUUUUUUCGGGUGACUUGGUUUAACACAAGUCGAGGCAGUUUGUGCAAUGGGUAGCUGUGAAGGAAAACAACUCCCAUCAAGCAAAGACAGAUAAGCUACAUUGCCUAAUCAAUGAGAUAUGGUUACUUGAGGAUUAGUUGGCAAAGUGUAGGACGAGAUAACUGAACUUAAAAAAACAAAAAAAAAAAAACAAUUCUCAAAAUUAUUUAUUUUUUUCAAAGUAAAUGUAUUUGUUUUACAUUUUGCAAAUUGUUUUUCAGAUCAAAACAACUCGUUGUUUGCAGAUCAGGUCGGUGUAUUUUCUUGAUGGGAUUUGUAGUUCACAGAAAAUUAGGGGGUCUUCUCAUGAAACAGUGAGUGGCGGUGACUUUUCAUAAUCAAUGCCAACCUAGCAAAUAAAGAAGUCAAUUGUGAUUUAUUAGAGAUUUCUUUUCAUAAUUUUAACCAAAAUUUAGCAAAUCGCUUCUUGAGUCACCAAAACUCUUAAGACUAUCGGGAACUGUUAAGUGUUCCAUUUGAUUAAUAUAUGUUACUCUGCCGGGUGUAAUGUUUAUAAGACUUUGAGAAGUGGAGCGAAUUUAUUUAUCAUAUGUUCAUGAUAGUAUACUAUCUGGUUCUUUAAUAUCGAUUUGAAAUCUCCAAAUCAGAUUAGGUAAAUUCAAAUUGUUCAAUUCUGCAAUUCUGCAAUGCUUUACUUAAGCAUUUCUUUAUUUGUGCAAAGAUUUGUUGCUGUUUUACUUAACACUUUUAAAGGUCCUUUUCUGGCACACAAAUGGUUAGCCCUGCAGCUAGCUACUGAGGCCUUUUUUGGCACACACAUGGUUAACCCUGGUGCUAGCUACUGAGGCCUGAAAACGAAAUAUUAAUAUCCUACAGGGGAUCAGCCACGCUUUGGGCAUAUCAUUUCAUUAGAGGUGUUAAAUAUAUAUUUAGGGUUAACGUUCUUUGCUAUUUAAACAAUCCUUUCCAAGGGUAGCAAGGGUAUGGUUAAUAUAUGUGUUAGGCCUUGAGGGCAUUAGUUGUGUAAAACACAAUUUGGAUUAAAAUAAUUUAGCAUAUAAUGCAUGUGCCAUCUGUUAACGGCCGUGUUCUAUUUUAGAACAUUUAGAAUAUAUUUCAAAAUUACAAGACAAGCUGACAAGCUGUAUACGUUUCGUACAUUCCCUCCAGCUAUUCCUUAUAGAAACCAAAGAUCAUAGCGAGUUUAAAAUUGAUUUGGAAUUGUAUUAUAUUUUUUUCUCAUGCCAGUUAACCUAUAAUUAUUACAAAUGUGCUCUAAUUAAUGUCAGUGUCCUGCGAUUUGGCAUUGAUAGCUAUUGGGAUGAUGACUUGGUUUCUCAUUUUAACAUUUAAGCGAUGGAAAAUGAUAAGGAAAACUAUAUUUGCAGAAUUAUCAGUUUCUGUAUUGAAACCGAAUUUAUCACCAGCCACUUGCCCAACCAGUCUACUCUUUGAAUGCUUAAGGGAUUGCUAAAUCCCCCUUAAUUUCCAAAUUCUAAUCAUCAGGUGCACGAAAAAAAAAGGUUACCCAGUACCUCUACUUAAUUAAAAACAAAAGCCAUACAUUGCUGAAUUCCAUGAACCAGUCACUAAAUCCAUAAUGUAAAAUAAUGUCAUUUAGACACCAAUCACCCCGCACAUUCCUGAUUCAGUGCGAUUUGUUUGUAAAUAGAUCUAUUUGUUUCUCUCUGUUUCCCCCAGUGUCUCAGUAGCUGUGUCUGGCAGUGGUGUGAUAGCCCUGUUUGAUUUGGUGUAAUGUUUAAAUAACCUAACACAGUGUUUAAACCAAUCUGUGGAUACGAUUACAGUUCCCCUUGUGAUUUUUACAAGGUUUUAAGGCAGAGUGGUAAAAUAUGUUGCCUAACAGAAGAGAGUAGAUUAGCAGACAUCCUUGCCAAGGCAGAAUAGCUGUUAAUACAUAGAGUCCCAGGGGACACUGGCUCACAUUAACUGCUAAAUGAAUAUUUGACAAGGGCUCACUCUGAUGCAUUAUUACUACAAACGUGUCCCUACUGGACUUUCAAAGGGUCAGGGGGCAUCAGUUUAAUUAAUUAUUUAUACUGCAGCUAAGGGUGAUUGUCCACAAUUAGCAUGUUUUACAGUUGGAGCUCUCCAGAGAUUGCUCGGAGUAUAUACCCAGAUAAAUAUACAGAUAUUGUGUGGAGGGAUGCAAUAGAUGCCGCACGUUUCUCUUAUUUAAUGACAGUAUAUGGAUCCCACGCACUAAAGAUGCUUUGUGAUUUCCUUCUGGGGCAGAGAGGUAAAAAUGUGGUACAGGUGAAUUAAAAAAAAAAAAAUUGUAUGUAUUCUCCUAUUAACAAUGGGACACAUGAUGCCAAAAUCUGCUAUUCGUGUCCAUGUAAGCCACACAAAGCUUGUAUAAAAAUGGGUUGUAUAUGCAUAUGUGUAUAUCUAUAUAUGUGUUUGUAUAUAUGAUUUAUUCUUAUGUAUAUCUGCUACAUUUGAUUACAUAAUAUAAAUCACACAUAUGUAUUGUGAUCUAUACACAAAUGUAUAUAGAUAGAUAUAUAUAUACAUAUAUAUAUAUAUAUAUAUAUUUAUAUACAAAAACUUUUUUUUAAAUUAAUACAUUUUCUAUAUAUAUUGCCUGUGUUGGUAGCAGAGGUUGCUGCUGAUCAGAAUAUAAAGCAGGGAAGCUGUAGAGAGGUUUGGAGAAUGUAUAAUUACCCCCCCAAUUCACUCAUUCACUCAGCGCUGGGUGACUUUCUGUGCUGUGAGCUGCCAGUUUUCUCACAUUAAAAAGUGAUCAUCGCCCCGGGGGGGAGAGCUACAGCGCUUUGGAGAAGGGUGAUGCACUCCCACCUAGAGCCAAAGCAAGAGGGGAUCAGAGAGGCUCUUGUACUUGGGGAUUUGUUCAGUAGCUUGCAAGCUAACUGUUCACAGACUGGACUUUGAUCGCCCUCUCUUCCUUGCCAUUGAUUUGCCUUUUUGCAAUUUAAAUGACUUGUAUGUUGACAAAUUAUUGGAGUUUUUUUUUAACGUUUGAUUCCAUCCUUCAUCCUGGAGGGCUGGGGGACAGGACUUGUUUGUGAUGGUUCAGUCUAUUCAAUGUGUAUAGGGGGUUGGGGUUGGGUUUUUUGUCUGCAAGGUAAAUAAGAAAAUACAGCAAGAUUUGGCAUUCUUACGGUUGAUUUACAUGCAAAUUGUGGGAGCUUACCUGAAAAUAGAAAGAAGUAGCAUUUGAAUGGAUGGGUGUAUAUAUGUAAAUUCUGCAGCCAUAUUUGUAUUGAGUUACAUGCAUAUUCAGAUUCCAACUGUCUCUAAAACUCUGUGUUAGUAUGUAUGUAAAUACACUCUGUACGUACACAGGCACACUGCUUUGGUUGCACUGAGCACAACGCUAAAUCCAUAGAAAACUUUUCAAAGUUCUAUAUUUUCACACUUUAGAAUUUUGUAGGAAAAGGGUUUCUGGGACAACGUUCUAAUAGUGGCAAAAUCAUCAUAGAAAUGGAAAAAAAUGCAUCUCUUGAUUGCUACACUUGGAACUUUGUCCUAGAUUUUCCAUUUGUGAAUUUCAGGUUUUCUUUCUGCCUUUUAUGGUAAAUCUAGCUUUUCUGUGUACAACUGUCAAGGACCACCUGCAGCACUGGGGGGAUGCAGGACUGUAGUCUGAAGAUGCCAGUUUAGGAUGACGUCACCAGGCACAGCUCAAUGCUUGGAGUACCCUGGGGAAGCAGCCAUUUAUAAAACUGGGCACAUUAUCUGUAUAUCACUGAUGCCCAUCAGCAAGUACUGAAUUUAUUAAACUUUCCUGGAGGGGGCACAUUUUAAUCUUGACUGGUACCUAAGAUUAAACUUUUAUUCUGCAUCACACUUGUUGUAUUAAGCUUUACAUGAUAUAUAUUUAGUGUCUUAAAUGGAAACACCCAAAGGUUAAUUUUCGCUAAACAGUGUUGCUUUAACAUUCGACUUUAGGAGACUACAGUCGAAAUCUGUUAGCUGAAAACCGAAUUAUAGUGAACUGGGAAUUAAACACCAAUUUAGGCUAAAAUAGUCUAACUGUAGCUGAAUUGGAUAAUUCGGCUAUUCUAGUCUAACAAUUUAGCAAUUCAGGUUUCUAUUCGCCUCAGAUAGGAAUUCGAUUUUGAGUGGUCAUUUCACCAACAGAGUAUUUUGAUAAAUUGGGUAACAAAAUGAAGUUGGGUAAAAUAUACAGCUGACAUGAGUUGAAUUUAUUCCUCAACUAUGAUUUUAUGGCUUAAAUUGCGAAUUGUCAUUUCGCUACAAUUGUUUAGAUAUUAAAUAGCAGCUUUUCAUUUAGAGGGACUUAUCCAACCCAAUUUAUGGGGCUGAUAUCAGCAUCGGAAAGCAAAAUAAAUAAUGUAUUUCUUAUUUGCCCUUUGUCUUAAUCAUUAAAUUCAAUCACCUCUCUGUUAAUGGAGAUAUUUAGCACAUACAAAUCAUAUCUCAAUUCCAUCAGUUCUAACCCACCUGCGGUUAUUACAAUUUUUUUUAUUCCUAAACCGAACAGUGGGCAAUGUAUAUAGAGGUUGUGAAAUAGUAAUAUUUCUGUUAAUUUUAUUUAAUAUAGGGCUUUUCUGGGCUUCUAAUUUUGCAAUCUGAAAAGCACUUAAAUGUGCCAUUCUGAAUUCUCCUGCAAUGAUGGUUUUUUAAGCUUUUACAAAUUGCAGAAUUUCCGAAGACAGAGAAAUAAUGAAUAUAUUAAAGAAAGCGGUGUAUUUCUCGGGAGACCCUUAUCAUCCUACAACAGACAGCCUGAUCACCUCGCUUUAUGCUAACAACCCAAUGACGUCAUAUCUCUCUUUUGGGGGGAAAUUAAUGUAAAAUCUCCUUACUUCUAUUUUUGUUUCUGGGUUCUACUUCCCUAAACUAUCAUGUGUUUGCAUUUGUUUGUCUGUGUGUGUUUGCGUAUGGUGUGUGUAAAAAAAAAAAACCCAGCUCAUGUGUCUGAACUACCAAUAAAUUAUAUAUUUGUUAAUUUAUUUUGUAUUUUGUUCGGUGUAAAAUUUGUGUGAAAUUUCUGUGAAAGUUAAAAUAAAUGAGUAUUUCAUUUUUAAUUUAAGUGCAAUUUAUUCUAUUUAAUUUUCUAUGUUCAGUAAAAUGUUCUGCCUACGGAGGCGAUGAGAUUGCUAAUUAGAAUUAUUUAAUAUUAGUAAUGGUAAGUCUGUGGAUAAAACAAUGGCAAAUAAACAAAACAAAUUCAUAAUAAAAAAAUCCCGAUAUAUACUAUAUACAUUAUAAUAUAUAUAUUAUAUGUAUUAAAUAUCAACAGGUAGCGUUUUUAGAUAAUCUUGACUUUUCAGCGGAUCUUAGUGCUGUUAAAAGUUUGAUCAUAAUUCUUUAUUUUUUAAAGAUUCUAAUAAUAUUCUCUCAUUCGUGUCCUCUAACGAUUGUUGUUUGUUUAUUUAUUUUUUUGCUACAUUUAGAAAACAUCCGUAAUUUAUUCUGUAGUGUUAUUUAAUGGCAAGAAUAUCUUAUGUGUCUUUUAAUUUGUCAAGAUAACAAAAUUGUAGAUCUAAGGUAUUUUCGAACAUGCAACAUAUACAAACUGUUUAGUGCAUACAAACAAAUGUACACAAUAUCAUGUUUAAAUACAUAUACAUUCAAAAGGAAAAUACACAAACACUUUGUGUAACAAAAAUAUAUUUUUGGGAAAAAAAAACACAGACAUAUAUGUAAUCGAACACUAUAAUAUAUAAAUAUUUAUAAAAUGUACACCAUAUAUACUAUAUAUAUAUAUAUAUAUAUACACUGUAUUAUUCUCAGAAAAGUUACAUGUCCAUACACGCUCACAAAUACAUUGUUAAAAAAGACUGAUACGCCUGAAUGGAUUUGGUAUUUUAAAUGCUUGUAUUAAAUUAAGCUACUAUUAAUUAGUUGAUUACCCAAUAACUGGAAGGACCUAUUUUAUUGAUUUCUACACUAAAUCCCAGUUGUUCUAGACACAAUGUUACUCUAGGCAGAGGUCCUUCUCUCUGGGCAAGCAGUGAAGAUGCUUCUUCUAAUGUUAUCUGGAUGUGAAAUCACUGCAUAGGGGGGAAUGGGCUUUAAAUAAUGUUUUCUAAUGAGGGUUGCUGCUGCUAUCUACAUGCAUAUGUUGGUGAUUUGAAGCAUCCAACUAGCAAUCUAGUGGAGAUAGUUUGAAUUAUUACCCUGCUAUACAUUUUAAUUGGUCGAUUACUUAACCUUUUGAAAGCUAGUGCCUGGGUAGGGUACAUGCUCUGUUACUAAUGAUAUCCCAAACGAUAUCCAAAUAUAUGUCAUUGUGGGGUUUCUGUAACCCUCUCUGAUGAGAAGUAGUUAUUUUGGAGCUGGCUGAAAAGCAGGAAGAAAUGGGAUGAAUUGAUUCAUGUCAGAGAUGCUUUCUAUUUGUACAACCGUUUCUAGUGAAUACCAGUAACUGGGAUUUCUAGUGCAGGUGCAGUGGUGCUGGGGGAUGGGAGAGGGGGGAGAGGGGCUGUGUUUUCAGCCAAAAAAGCACAUUCUCCACAAUAGACCACACACUGCCAGCCAGCAUGGCAUCGACUCACACUUUAAGGCAUUUUUUUUCCCUCUUACACUGUUUUUAGUUCACAAAGUGGCUAUACAGUAGCAACAGCAAGGGUCCCUUAAUAAACAUUUAUCAGUUCUAUGAUAAGCACAGAAUCUGUCACAUUGGAUAUGAAAGAAAAGCAAGCAAAAAAAACGAAAAGAAAAGAAAAAUCUUUAUUGCUACACUAGCUUGUUAAAAAAAAAAAAAAGAUCCUCUUUAAAAUACACGCAAACGUUCUAUGCGUUAACAUGCACUGAGCGUUCUUAACGCGUUAACAUGACCACAACGUUCUAAGCGCGUUCUACCCAAUUCCUACUGUUGACGUUUAAUUGUCUGACCUCGAAUUACAGGUAUUUUUGCAGAUUAUGUUCUAUUACUGUCUCCACUAAUGCGAUUUGGAGGUAAUAAUAAAAAUAAUAAUAAUAAUAAUAAUAAUAUAUAUAUAUAUAUAUAUAUAUAUAUAUAUAUAUAUAUAUAUAUAUAUAUAUAUAUAUAUAUAUUUUAUUUUUUAUUUUAUUUUUUUUCCUUCAUACAAGUCAAUUUAAAAAAUAUAUAUAUAUUUUUUUUUAUUAACCCCUGGCUUACCACAGAACUAAAACAGCUCAAUGGUUAUGAAAUAUUGCUAAUGAAGGAUAAUAGAGUUUUCUCCCUGUCACUGUCGCCACUUUGCAGGCUUCUUGGUCGCCAGUCUGAGCCUGCUAGGAGAAGAUUAGGGCUCUUUAGGUAGGCUUGCUGGAGCAUUGCACUGCGAAAAUUGCUUCUUGUUUGCUUAUAAAAACUCAUGUAACCGUAAAAAGUUUUAUCUGAGGACAAAUAACACCAACUUCUAGUGUACUCUUCAAAUGAUUAAGCAAAGAAAAUGAUUGUCGCUUUUUUUAAAUUUUUUUAUUGUUUCCUUGCAAAAUCAGGCUGUUUUCUUGUUCUGUCUACAACUGAAAAUAUAUUUUAUUUUAAUGUAAAAAUAAGAAGAUGGCAGGGGAUUAGAGAAAAUAGCAGUUCCAUCGUUGUCAGGGUUCUUGCACAUAAACCCACAUGGUGAAACAUGUGUAUCAUAUAUGAAAUGAUGACAUUAUCUUUCCUUCUCUGUUGUAGGUAGAGGGAUGCUGUAAGCCAGCCCUUUGUACUAACUGCACCAUGUAACACAGCCUAGAACAAGCAACCUCUUAAUCGCCAGUCCUCUGUUACAGGUACACCUAUAAUAAGCAUGACUGUGCUAUGACACAGCUUAGUCCAUGACUGUGAAUUAAAAAAGAAUCAUUCCUGUGGGUUUAUUCACCAAACAGCAAGAUGUGGGGAGCUGACAGCCUAAUUGCGAAGCAUUUACUAAAGUGACGCAGUUGGGAAAAAUUUCUAAAAAUCUGCGGAUUUUAAGCCUUUAUGUGAAAUCAGGUCUUGGAAUCGUAACCUAUGUAUCCAAAUCAGUACGGUUUUGGUGUUUGAUGGAUAAACAAGUUUAGGGAAAAUCUGACAUUUUACUCGGUUAACAAUUUUCCAACUGGAUUGUUGUGUUUUGAAUGUUGUAAAUGGCUGUUUAAAUAAACCCUUGCAAGUUUUAAAAAAAAUAUCCAGAAGGUCCCUAAGUAAAUUGUAAUUUGGAAACGAUGUAACAAUAAGGCAAUACAUGGAGGGAUUGGCACUUUUCCUGUGGAUGAAUACUGUGUCUCUGUGGAGACUUCUGUGCACUUUUUAAAUAAUUUUAUUUGGUUGAUUUCUAAUUAAGUAUUGAAUCUGCCCCUUAAUCUAACUUUUUAACUUAACAAAAGUCACAGUUUCCUAGCCAUCCAUAAAACCGAUAGCAACAAAUGAAGACAAAAUAGCAAAAAAAAACAAAACAAAACAACAAGUAAACAACAAACCCUUUUCACUAAUAAAGUAAACAAGUCCACGCGUGUUUAAAUUGGUUGGAGAACAAGUGUGGCAUUAACCCUUGCCGUGCCGCAGGUCCCUGUGGCUGAUCUCUAAGGUGCUCCUUGUCUUUUGAAAUAAGGCUGACACCAGGGCUACUAAUUCGAGUUAAUAUGAUCUUCAUGGCAAUAUAACAGCGGAUAAUUGGCCUAUUUUUCCUUACAACAAUGUAAUGCACAAUAGCUUUAUUAUUUAAUAACUUCAACCCUUGGCUGAAAGGCCCCGGCUGGGAAGACCCUUUUCUUUUCUAAUUUUUGUGUGUGUGUGUGUGUGUUGGGAAAGAACAAUAGAAAUCUAAUUGUAGAGAUUUCUGAAGAUGACUUGUGGAUAUGAACUGUUUAUAUAGGGAGAGUCUCUGUGAUGCCUUUCCCCAUUGAUCCCUCCUACCAGCGUACACAACGUGGGGUUUAUGGCAGAUUGUUGUGCUGGGCUCCUAGCAACAGCCUGAAUCUUCCCAGAACAAACACACUCUUCAUCUCUCCUCAUCUAAAUAUAAGGAACUUAGAACAUUGGACAAAGUUUCCCCAGCAAGAGAAAUAACUGCUUCCUAUCUCAUCUCAACUUCAUAGUUUAUAGGCAGACAGACUUAACUUUUCUGAACCUUUCCGGCCAUUAGAUUGAAUUAUUCAUGCUAGGAAUGACUAAAUAAAUAAAUAAAUAAAAUCAAAUGAAUCGGUUUACUGGCUAAAUUGCAAAUGUGUUAACUCGCUACAGUUUUACAAAACACAAUAAUUAUUUUUAGUACAUCUGCUUUUUCGAAAUAAUCUAGUUCCAUUUCACUGUUUAGUGAAUAAACCCUCUCAGUCACUCCAGUGUCAUAACAGCAUGAAGAUGAAACAUUAAUUUAAUAUCUAUUACAGAUCUAGGGAUUAAUAAUAAUAAAAUAAAAAAAUAUCAACAUAAUUCCUUUUAUUUUAUUUUUUUAAAGGGGUGAUUUAAAAUAAAAACGGUUAUUUGUAGUAACAGCCCAUCUUAACACAGAGAUAUAGAUAAAUAAAGUUCCAUAUAUAAAUUAAAAUUCACACAGUAAGUAUUGAUUGGAUCAGACAUAAGUUGGGCUGAGAUGGUAGUUUAUUUAUUAUUAAAUUUUCUGAAGCUCAGUUUUAGGCUGCAGUUCCCACACUGUGCUACCUGUAUGGGAACAGGUCCCAGAGGUGUCAGCCUGCACUCAAUGGGAACUUUUCGCCAAUUAGAAGCUGUGAAUAAUACUCAUCUGUGCUUGGCCCUGCUGCUUCACCCCAAGCGCAAAACAAUGUCAGCUUUGAUGCACUUUCAGCAAGGACAGCAUGGGACUGUGAUGAUGUAUGGGAUUCUUCAUCCUAAGGCAUUGGAUCGCCGGGGAAGGGGGGAGAAGGGAGGGGGGAAUAAUUCCUCCAAACAUCUUAAACUCUCUGGAUAUAUACGCCUUUAUUUCAUGGUUGCUCUCACAACGCAUUAUAGAGGCAGUUUAUUAGAUGCAAAUCUCUCCAGUUUUUCCCCCCUUUGGUGAUAUAGUUGUAGGCACUGGUUUAAUGGACCCCCUCCCACCCCCCAAUGAUUCAUACCACUAGAACACACUUUCUUUACAUAGAACGCAUUGUGGCAAUAUUUGUUUGUAUUGCACAAUCUUUUAGAAAAUGUUCUAAAAUUACCUGUCUUGGUGUAAUGAGAAAAGCAGAUUAAAAAAAAAAAAAAAAAACAUAAACCAUAAAUGUUAGUUCUCUAAUAUAUGAAUAGAUAUCUACAUGUUAAUGUUAAAAACAAACAAACAAACAAACAAAAAAACAGGAAACUAAAAUGUGCUCUGAAAACACACUUUGAGAUUGUAUUUUUACAUUGUGUGCAUCUGGGACCUAAUACUUGUAAGCCAUUAGUAAAACGAUAAUUAUUUCGAUAUAAUAAUUUACUAAAGGAACUUCAUGGCUAUACUUUCGCAUUUCUGAGAAUACGUUUUUGUAAAUUGAAGAGUUCAGGAUUUAAUUAUUUCCAGAGCCAAUCUAAUAUAUUUACAUGGGUCGAAUUAAUACAAUUCAUAAUGAUAUUAAUGUGAUUUUCUAUUUCAGUUCUUGUAAGAACAUGAUUUAAUGUGUGUUUCUGAGAAUUAAUGGAUUUUAUAGCCCACUAAACUAAUUUCCACAAUCUGUUUUAUUCACAAACAGAAUAAAAUGAAUCUGCCAUAAACAAAUAAAUACAUUAUUACCCUCUCAAUUUCACCGAUUUAAUAAGCUGAGAACAAAAUAACUUUCCUAGUUCUACUUUGGCCAAAGUUUUCAAUAACUUAAUCUAUAAGCAAGAAAUGCACGGAGUUGGCUUGUUGUAGAGGCAAAGUCAACGUUUCGGCCGCUCUGUGUUCUAGUGAUUUGUCAGAGGGCAGGGAUCACAUAUAGACUAUACCCUGCAGGUGCACCCUGUAGCAGUGCCAUCCGGGCUUUAAUGUAGAUUACUCUCCAAUUCGUUUGAUCGAAGCUUUGAAACCCUUUACAAUUGCCUGUGACGAACUGACAGCCUCUUUUUUCUCCUCUUGAAUAAUGUCUUGAGGGUAAAUCUCCAGGGCCUGGAGUUAUUCACUGAGACAUUUUCCAUUGCAGUGUGGGGUUUCAGCAGACCAACUUGUGGACAUUAUACUUCCGAGUCAUUAAACACUGGCUAACUUACCAGCCUUCAGGGUACCCCCUUUUGUGUGCCCCCAAAAUACAUUCACUCACUUAGAACUUUGCGGCAUUUACAUUAAAAAAAAAGAAGUUAUUUUAUGCUUUGCUGAGAACUUCUUGAUAUUGUCGUGUUUAUUACUUUGAUGGUGUGUCGUUUACAUAUAAUAUUUUGUGUAUUUAGAAACACACAUACACAUACACACACACACGCGCGGGGGGUGGGGGGGGGGGGCAUUGAGAACUCCAUCAUAUAUAUUAGGAAUUAUAUAUAAUAAUUAUAAAUAUAUAUUUGUAUAUAUACACAUACAAAUAAACAAAUAAAUACACACACACAUCAUAUAUAUAUGUGUGUGGUGUGUGUAUUUGUAACAUUGUUAUAACAAUAUUACAGUACAAUGAAUAUUAGAUGCUAAGAUACAGUUGAGUUUUGGAAUAUUGAGAUAGCUGGCUUGGCGCUUGAAUGGUUAAUUUCAGACCAGAACUGAUCUACACGAAGGAAACCAGCAGAGAGAGAGGGGAUGCUGUUAUGCUUCAGAUGGCAAGGGGUUACACAUCAAUAAAUGUCACAUUUGCCCACUGCAAAAGUUUUCCCAGUCCCCUUUCAUUCCCAGCAGGGGAGGGGGGAGGCCAUUCAUUCCCCAGCACCAGGCAGGAGCAGGGCUGCAGAAUGUGCUCCCUGGCCCAGCCAGCGAGGAGGGAAUUUUCCAGCAGACAGCAGCCCCCAUUGUUCUCCAUCUCCCCUGCCCAAUUUCAGACUUCACGCGCACAUCCCCAAGUUUGUUUGUUAGUGACGCUAUUGCCAUCUGGCAUGGCCUAGUUUCCACAGCAUGCUGCUCGGUGCAGGGGGGAUAAGGGGUGCUACUGGUGGUGAGGGGGGAUCUGAUCUCUGGGUGAUAGUUAAUAUAUAUAUAUAUGCACACAACAACAUAUAUAUAUAUAUAAAUAGAGAGAGAGAGAGAGAGCUCUGAUCCCUGUGUGAAAUUAUACACACACACAUAAACCCUGUUUACUGUGUGAAAUUUAAUACACACACAUACACACACACACACACAUAUAUGUUUACUGUGUGAUAUUUAAUACACACACAAACACACACCUCUGCUCACUGUAUGAGAUUUUAUAUACAUACACAGACAUACUAUAUAAAUAUUUAUUAUUUUUAGUAUUAUCUAAUUUGUGUAUUAUUUUGUUUAAAAAUCAAGGCAAUGAGAUGGCGAUAGAGAGACAGGAAGAAUAAGGUGGUAACUCAUAGCUUUUAUUAUUAGUAUUACUAAAUCCAAGCUGUGUGCAGUUCGCAUGUCAAUGUAUCCGAGACUAUGAGAAAAUAAUAGAGGUAAUAAGGGCUUAACCAAGGGAUCUAGACAACAACUCCCACAAUUCUCUGGCAGCCACAGGAGCAAUGAAUAGCUAAAGGCUAUCGUGAAUGUCUGAUUUAAUAAACACUGCUAGCCUGCACGAGUAUUGUUUUAUUAGAGAUUAUAUGCGAAAUGAUUUUGACGAAGGCAUCCUUAACCCUUUGAGUGCCAUGAGUGUGAUUAACAGAUUGUCUUCCAAUAAUUGGGCACCUUUGUGGCGCUCAAUGUUAAAAAACGGGGCUCUCUGAUUACUGAAUAAAUACGAUUCCCCAACAAGUGACACUGUUAUUUGCACACAGAGAACAGACACAGAGCUCCCAGCGGAAGCAGUGAGGUACACCCCCCUAAAAAGUACCAUUUACUCAGGGCAGAGCUGAGCCAGAGACAGACAAGUGCAUGUUGUUACUCUAUACGCCAGGGGCAGUGGGCACAGCUAGACAAGAUUGACAAUGACCCAGUGUAUUCACAAACCAAGACACUUACUGAGUGCUGUCUGCCAUUGGAUCACAGGCCUGUGGCUUGCAACACCCAUGGCACACAAAGAGUUAACUGCCCAACUCCCCUAAUGGCAGUGCUCAAUUUACACUCCAUUCUGGCAUUGAGUUUAAGAUUUUUUUUUGUUCUGAGUUGCCAGGACUAAGCUUAGACAUUACCAGUGGAUGGGGUGAUUUAAAACACUCUUCUUCCACUGUAACACACACAAGGUAUAUGAAGAAUGUAUGGAAUGAAUUAUAUCGAAUCUUUCAUUGUGCUUUCUAUUAGGAUAGCCCAUCAGUGGCCAUUGACUGACACUCAGCAUGCAUUCCACACACACACACACUGCCACUCCAUUCACCAUCUGACUAAUCUCAGUCUCAGGACAACCUAUCUAGCUGGCAUCACGACCCUCCUUUAUCUUAUAAAGUAGAUUUGGACAAAUUGUAGAGCUAACCGAUUUAAAUAAAUGCACUUUUAAUAAGUGAUCAUUAAAACGGUUAUUUUAAAUAUAGCCAAUUAUAUGCAUGGCUUGCUCCUAACAGUAGCUCCCAUUCUGCGAUCUGUUCGUUUAUUCCCUAACUAUAGCCUGGUGGGGAAUACUGAUUAUGCUCCUUCCAUACGUUUCUAUGGAGUUCAUCGGUCUAAUUAAUGCCUUACUGUGGUCCACGGAUCCUGCAUGGCAUCAUAGCCAGGAUUUUAAGAAGAGCCAGCACAGGAAUGUAUGUAGAAUGACCUGUUUAGGAUUUAACUCCUGUUUGACUAUAAAUCUAUUAUUAUGAUUACCACCCCCUCCUCCCCCCUCCCCCCCACACUCCAUAUAUUUUUAUGGUCGAUUCGAUCUGCUUAACCAUAAUAAUGGUAUUAGGGACUGAUACAUACUCUUGGUUUAUUUAUUUAUUUGCUUCUUUGUUUGUUUUGUGUAGUCUCUCUUCUCUUUUCUUUAUAAGGAGAUGUCUGGGUUAAAUAAAAUGCCCUUGUACUUGUGAGCUAUUUGAAACUGUUGAGAAGUUAAGCCUUGUCUAAUUUUAUAAGUUUUAUAGAAGAUGCAAUGUAAACCUUAAAGCAGAAAUAUAUGAUGUUCCAUAUAGUCAUGUAGGAUACACUUGUAAUAAAACAUGGUUUUAAUCAUCAGCAUUUAUGACUUUGCUUGCCUUGCACAGGAUUAAUGAAUAGAUAGCUAUACUAGAAACAUUAUUACUUUAGUAAUUUCAUAUAUGUUUUUCUUUGUAUUUUGUUUAGGCUUCUGAAAGAGUGAUCGC